AAAGGAUAUAUUAUUAUAAUAACUGAGCUCAGACCCGCGUGUUCUGAAUUAAACCCGUCCCGGUGUGGAUCCUCGUCCACGGAGAGAUCGCCGAAUCUGCCGCGGACUCUGGAGGAAUGUUAGCGGGCGCUCCUGCUGAUGCUGCAGUGCACUGACGGCAUGGGGCUGGACUUUGACGUGAAGACUUUCUGCCACAACCUGCGGGCCACCAAACCGCCGUACGAGUGCCCGGUGGAGAGCUGCCGUAAGGUGUACAAGAGCUACAGCGGCAUCGAGUACCACCUGUACCACUACGACCACGAGAACCCACCGCCACCACCGCAGGGGACGCCACAGAAGAAGCGCAAGGGCCGCCCGCCUCGAGGAUCCAGCGAUGGUCCUGAUUCCAGCACAGGCCCCGGGGCCACCAGCGGGCAGAACACGGCUCCGAGCAGCCCUGCAGAGCGCUCCGAACGCUCGCACUCACCUGUCAGGGAGACCAUGACCUACGCUGAGGCCCAGCGCAUGGUGGAGAUGGAGAUCCGCGGGCGCGUGCACCGCGUCAGCAUCUUCCAGAAUCUGGACGUGGUCUCUGAGGAGGACAGCGGGGCUGAGGAGCCUCCAGGGGCCACGGGUAGUGCAGCCGCAGCCUGUAACGGAGGCGGCGAGAGCGGAGGAGGCGACAGAAUGGACACAGCAAACGGGGAGAAAGGAGCGCAGAAAACAGGGAAGCACAAGAGUAAGGAGAAGAAGAAGGACAGCGGAGCACAUCAUCACAUCAACACCUCAGGACCCGCCGUCAAACUGCCCGAGGUGGUGUUCCGAGAGCUGGAUCAGGACAGACCCGACGCGCCGCCCAGACCCAUGAGCUACUACAGGUACAUCGAUAAAUCUGCGGAGGAGCUGGACGAGGAGGUGGAGUACGACAUCGAUGAGGAGGACUACAUCUGGCUGGACAUCAUGAACGAGAAGCGGCGGUCUGACGGCGUGGCCCCCAUCCCGCAGGAGGUGUUCGAGUAUCUGAUGGACCGCCUGGAGAAAGAGUCCUACUUCGAGAGCCACAAUAAGGGCGACCCGAGCGCUCUGAUUGACGAGGAUGCGGUCUGCUGCAUCUGUAACGACGGCGAGUGUCAGAACAGUAACGUGAUCCUGUUCUGCGACAUGUGUAACCUGGCGGUGCACCAGGAGUGUUACGGCGUGCCCUACAUCCCCGAGGGCCAGUGGCUGUGCCGCCGCUGCCUGCAGUCGCCAUCCAGAGCUGUCGACUGCGCACUGUGCCCUAACAAGGGUGGAGCCUUCAAGCAGACCGACGACUCGCGAUGGGCGCAUGUGGUGUGUGCGCUCUGGAUACCGGAGGUGUGUUUUGCGAAUACGGUGUUCCUGGAGCCGAUCGACAGCAUUGAGCACAUCCCGCCGGCACGCUGGAAACUAACCUGCUACAUCUGUAAGCAGCGCGGCUCCGGCGCCUGCAUCCAGUGCCACAAGGCGAACUGCUACACUGCCUUCCACGUCACCUGCGCUCAGCAGGCCGGCCUCUACAUGAAGAUGGAGCCGGUGCGGGAGACCGGAGCCAACGGCACCUCCUUCAGCGUACGCAAGACCGCCUACUGCGACAUACACACACCGCCCGGCUCCGCACGCCCGCUCGGGGGAGUGGGCGGGGUCAGCGCUGACUCCUCCCACAGCGAAGCAGAGCCAGAGGAGGAGGAGGAGCCGCCGGCUGCUGAGGAUGACGGGAAGGGCUGGAGCUCGGAGCGGGCGAAGAGAGCGAAGGCGAAGUCACGGCUGAAGAUGAAGAGAGCCAGAAAGAUCCUGGCGGAGCGCAGAGCGGCCGCACCCGUGCUGUCUGUGCCCUGCAUACCACCACACAGGGACGGUGAGGAGAAACACUCGGUGCUGAAGGAGCAGCUGAAGGCGUGGCAGCGUCUCCGUCAUGAUCUGGAGAGAGCCAGACUGCUGGUGGAGCUGAUCCGCAAGAGGGAGAAGCUAAAGAGAGAGACGAUUAAGGUGCAGGAGAUGGCGAUGGAGAUGCAGCUCACUCCACUGCUGGUGUUGCUGCGCAGAACACUGGAGCAGCUGCAGGAGAGAGACACCAACAACUUCUUCACUGAGCCCGUACCGCUGAGCGAGGUCGCGGACCACCUACACCACCACACACACACACACCUGUCGGACCUGCUGUCGGAGUAGCGGACACACGCGCACACACACCUGUGUGUGUGUGUGUGCGUGUGUGUGUGUGUGUGUGUGUGUGUGUGUGU